UUCGUCAACAGUGAUGGACCGUGGAGUGCGAUUAGGGCACGGUUGCCGAUCACAGAUGAAGAAAGGAGGUCUGUCUUCGCUGCUCUUUGGAUCGUCACGAGAGACGUCGACCUGAUCCUGGGUGUCGAAGGCGUGCUCAAGUCGAGAGCAGUCGAAGAAUUCGUCAGCCACGUUGAUGGGGGGAGGAAGGGGAGGUGCGCCGACAGGGGAAAACCAAAAUGCUGGGGGCGUUCGACUUAUCUUACCGAAGCGAUGGGCAGGCUGUGUGCGUUGGUCCGUGCGCAGCUGGUCCGUGCACAGCAUGCCGACGCGGCCCCGGGGGCCGGUGAGUCAGAGUGGCUGUGUCAGCGGAGCCCGAGCUGUGCCGUGCGCUGCCGCCUCAUCUAA